GUAAACAUUGAAAAGAAGUACAAGCGGGAAAAUAUAAAUAUUCAACACUGACUAUUACAUAUAUAACAUAACAGGGCUUGUAAAAAGAUGGUUAGCAGCAAGUUACAAUGGAGAAGCUAGAAACAGAUGAGCAAAUAUGUCUUGGUGGCAGCGAAGUGUUCAGCAAUGCAGAGUUCUAUCAUUUAAGAAACUGCUUGGUGGAGAUCAUUGAGGAGGUCAAAUUGCGAAGGGGCAAUGAUGCAGAGAGCGAGGAGAGGAUCAAGCUGUUGGUCAAUGAGAAGUAUCAGCUGGAGAGGAGAUGUGAUGCAGAGGUUGGGCAGCUGUCUACUAUCAGAGAACAGCAUCAGCGGCAUAUGUCCGACUUGGAGCGAAACUUGCAGGAGAAGAUGAGGCUCUUGGAGGAGGAGAAUAAACAACUAAAAGUCUAUAGAAAGUGUGGUGAGAAAGAGACAGAAUCAUUGAAGGACAGUGUUCGUUCACUUCAGCUGUCAAAGUAUUCUCUGGAGAAAAGCCUGCGAGAACAGGAGCACAAGCUGCAGUCCCAUCUCAGCUCCUCGGAUCAGCAACUGGGAGAGUUAUCUGCCCUUGAACAACGGCUGAGAAGUAUGACAGUGCACUUCCAGCAGUUAAGUAACAGCCAGGAGAGGCUGGAGAAAAAUGUGACAGAAGCUGUUAAACUGAACCGGAGCCUGAUGUAUGUGAAUGAACACCAGAAGUGUGUGAUGGAGCAGCAGAAGGUGGACCUCCACAGAUGUCAGCAGCAAGUGGUCACUGUCAGCACACAGCUGGAAAGUAAACCAGCCCUCACUGCAGACAUGGAGGAACUGAAUCAGAGACUUACCACACUGCAGCAUCACACGAACCUGGUUGCGGAGCAGAGAUGUGUUCUGGAAAAGGAACUAGAUCACUAUAAGACCCGAUAUAAGGUAUCUCUAGAUGACCUACAUGAAAUGCACAAUCUGGUCCAGCGACAUCUUGACAAUGCUGACCAGCACAGGCUCAGAAAUGCAGAACUGGAGGAAGUGAACCAGACCUUGAAAUCCAGGGUGAAGCUGGGUGAGGAGAAGGUGGAUCAGCUGCAGCAGGAGCUGGAUGUGGAGAGGGUUGUCAAGGCAGAGGCACUCACACAGUGGAACAAACAGGAAGACACCUUGAAGACAGACCUUGACACUCUAAAGAGAGACCUUGCAGCGACAGAUGCAGCCAGGACAAGCCUAGAAACACUGAACCAUCAGCUGGAGGAGUCUAACAUGAGGCUUGCACAGCAGUAUCAGGAGCUCAAGGCUAUUGUGGACAGAGAUAAGACAGAGGCAACACAGCAGACAUCAUUAAGCUACUUCAACAAUCACACCACUGCAACACAGACAGAGAAUGAGACAUCAGUUGUCUCCACGCAGACAGUAAUGGACACAGCUGACAGCAGUGUUCAGACUCACUGUGAAACAAACUCUGCCUCCUCUCAAACACAUAAUGAGUGUGUCAGUUCAUCCUCCCAAACCAUUGUUCCUCCUCUAGCUAACAGUGCUGUCCAAACUGACAGUCGAGAGAUCAUUGAACAUGUAAUGCCAUGUGUGGUGGGUGAGGUUAGCCAUCUGUCUCAGGAUGGGAAGAUUGUCAGCAGUGAACUGGAAUCAGUGGAUAUACAGGAAGAGAAGAGUGUGUCAGCAGCAGAUGAAAUAGCAGAACCAGAACGAGAGAUUGACAUGAAUGAUGAUUCAGGCGGAAGUGCAAGAGAUGUAGAUUCUUGCAUCAUUCUUGAGGAUAAAACAACAGACAUACCCAACAACUUUGAUAGCAAUGGUUUGAAAAGUGAUAAUGCAUGUCAGGAAGAUGUUCCUUUUUCAGCAAUUGUUUCAGCUAUUAAUGCUACAAUGACAAUGUCUCAAUCCAGUCACGAUUCUUCCACUCAACACAGAGCAAAUCUGUCCAAUGGUGAUACAUCACAGACUUCCAGUUUUGACUCAGUACAAUUCAUACCCUUAAAUCGCUAUAAAACAGAACAGCAGUCUGAAGGACGUAGAAUAUCCCUUCCUGUUGCACGGCACAACAAACAAAUGCUUUGUAAAAAUUCACCACUUGCAGUGUCACAUAAACAUUCUGAAUCUGACUCAUGCUUGAAUAGAAACAAACACAUGAAGGUUAGUCAAGGUAGUUCAAGGGGUGUGAAGACCAGAUAUCUGUAUUCAGAAGGUCCUUUGCUGUGGGGAGCACCAUGUCCUGAUGAAGAGUCUAACGACUUAUCAAAGCAAAUUUCUGCCUCUGUGCCAAAUGCUUCUCCCUUUGCUUCUGUGUCAAAAAAGUGGUCAGUUUUGGUGGAAGCAGAAGAACAAGCAAAGAACCCUGCACCAUCACCAGGCAAAAGCCCUCGAUCUACACCAAAAAUGGGACUGCAUAUUUUGAGUGAAACAUCACCUUCUCGGAGAAGAAGCACCAGCCCUAGAACACAGAGGUAUUUAAGUGUACAGAGAGGCCUCCGACUUCAAGCUUCAACGACAGGACCAUAUGAAAUGAGUGAGGGAACCAGUUUCUAUGUUGGAAAAAAAGCAGAUGCUAACAACAAACAGCAAGACAACUCACCAAGGAAUAACAGUAAGGGCAUACUCAAAGCAGUGUGGUCAGCCAAAAAGCCAUCCAAGACUGUACGCUUUGGGAGCAUAAUGGUGUCACAGGCUAAGCCUGACACAUCAAGUUUGCCCACAGCUGCAUCCCUGUCACCAUCCCAGACGUCCCUCGAGAGACCUGUUGGAGAACAGUUGCUAUUCUCCGAUGAUGACGACUUGAUUGAUCCAAAGUAUGGUAACAACAAGCUGGAGGCAUCACCUGUAGUCCAUCCGAGGAAGAGGAAACGGGAGGAUGGGGAGGACAAGACGUGAUACUUUCCAGCAGACCUGUUGCAUGGCAGGCGACAUGAGAUGACAUAACUUGUUGUCAGUGACAUGACUAAUCCCUCUGCCACUGAUGCUGGUUAGCUGUCAUGUUACACUCCCAGCACUGGUCGUCACUGUUUAGAAUAUAUUUGGAAGAAUGAUAUUGGGUGAUAAUAAGAAUUAGCCUCCUUCUUUUGAUAUCAAUACUUCCGAUAGAAGUUUUCUAACUCCUUGACAAGCUUUGAAGUUUUAUCAACUGAUGUUGAUGUAUGUCAAAAGUGAGAUUCUCUAUUUGUUAAGACCGUUUUGUCUGCAGGCAAAUCGUUUUCAGAACAGUAUUGGUUGGGCAUUAUAUUGUGAUUUUACAGCUGCUUCAAACAGUUUGAUUAUUUCACAACUUGGCAUUGUUGUUGAUAUUCUCAUUCUGUUAAUGUAAAUUUUUCUUUUACGGCACAUGUAUGUUUUCAGUAAAAGAGAUGUUAACUUUUAUCCUAUGGAUGAAAGCUAUUGUUUGAUUUAUAAAAGUUAAAUGAUCUGUGACAACUGUAUUUCGGCAGGUAGGUUUGUCAACUGCAGCUGCAUUAGUAGCUACAUCAGGCAUCAAGUCAGUUACUCAAACAACAUGCAAGCACAACAGCCUGCAUCAUACUAAAUAUAUUUACAUUGUUGCUCUAGUCAUUGUUUUUGUUAUUUUGUUAAAAUCUUGUUGGCGAUUUGUAAAG